ACACCUCACAUUCCACUACAUAUACCCCAUCUUAUCACGCAGCCUCUGCACAGUACUGGCACAUCAGAAAACAGCAUCAGACGAGAAGAAAGGGGGAGCCUCAAGAAAUAUCGCAACUGAUUUUUCAAGUUUCAAAUCGAGUCCAGAGAGUAAAAGAAUGGGAAACGUUGGAGUUCAGAUCGUAUGUGUGGGCCUGGGGGUCCUGGGCCUGAUCGGGGUCAUUGUAUGCUGUGCCAUUCCACGCUGGACUGUGUCAUCCUUCGUAGGGUCCAACAUUGUGACUGCACAGAGCACUUAUAAAGGCCUGUGGAUGGAGUGUGUGGUUCAGAGUACAGGCCAGCAGCAGUGCAAGAACUACGACUCCUUGCUGGUGUUGUCCUCUGACCUGCAGGCAGCCCGCGCUAUGACCAUCAUCAGCGGCAUGUUGAGCGCCCUCAGCCUCCUCAUCCUGUUCUGUGGGGCCGACUUCACCACCUGUGUGGAGAACGAAGACGCCAAGCCCAAGAUCAGCCUGGUGUCCGGGGUGGGCAUGCUGAUCGCAGGCCUGCUGGUGAUCAUCGCUGCCAGUUGGUCCGCGCACAAGGUUGUACGAGACUUCAAUAACCCAUUAGUGCACAAUUCUCAGAAGAUGGAACUGGGAGCAUGUAUCUUCGUGGGUUGGGGCGCCGGUGUGUUGCUCCUUCUGGCUGGAGGUCUGCUCUGUUGCUUCAGCAGACCCAGGUCUAGCUCAGGGGGGACGGCCAAGUACUACAGCAACAGCGCCUCUGCUCCCAGCAAAAACUAUGUGUAAGGCUCACAUCGUCGUGGAGACCUCAUCUUAAAAUAAGAAAUAAGGGUGGGAUGAUGUAGGUGUUAACCCAUAAAGACCCAAACAGCCACUGACGACCAAAAAUAUCUACUGAUCUAAACUGUUUAACCCUUUCAUGCAUGAAUUAUGAGAA